ACCCCGCUCCCCAGCCGGCAGCGAGUCCUGAGGCGCCGGGAGGAUGGGCAAGCAGAACAGCAAGCUGCGCCCCGAGGUACUGCAGGACCUGCGCGAGAACACGGAGUUCACAGACCACGAGCUGCAGGAGUGGUACAAGGGCUUCCUCAAAGAUUGCCCCACGGGGCAUUUGACUGUGGAAGAGUUCAAAAAAAUCUACGCCAACUUCUUCCCCUAUGGCGACGCCUCCAAGUUCGCAGAGCACGUGUUCCGCACAUUCGACACCAACGGCGACGGCACCAUCGACUUCAGGGAAUUUAUCAUCGCCCUGAGCGUCACCUCGCGGGGCAAGCUGGAGCAGAAGCUCAAGUGGGCCUUCAGCAUGUACGACCUGGACGGCAACGGCUACAUCAGCCGCGGUGAAAUGCUGGAGAUAGUGCAGGCAAUCUACAAAAUGGUUUCAUCAGUGAUGAAAAUGCCAGAAGAUGAAUCCACUCCAGAGAAGCGAACAGACAAGAUCUUCAGACAGAUGGACACAAACAAUGACGGUAAGCUGUCCCUGGAAGAGUUUAUUAAAGGUGCCAAGAGUGAUCCCUCCAUCGUGCGAUUGUUACAAUGUGACCCGAGCAGCGCGAGUCAAUUCUGAUUAAACUGGACAGUUUGCAAAGAGAAAACCGGCUUGUCGUUCAAGCUUUGCUCGCAAAUGGAUGCCUUCUCAAUCAUUCCUCAACAGUUAGUGGAUAAGACCCCUUUGCCAGGUUGUGUGUGUCUGAGUGAAACGGCCCUCGCUCCUCUCACUAACACCAGUGCAGCUCUCCUUUGGCAGCUCCAUUUCUGCUUCCCCGUAAUGUUAUGAUUCACUCUGCACAUGUUACGUUAAAUGAAAGGUAUGUUUACAUGCAGAUACAAAGAGUUCAAACUGCUGGUGAGAUACCACUUCUUUGCUUAGUCUGUGAGAAAGGUAAUGUUCUGGUAGUCCUGAGGAGAUGCUAGGUAGGACUUUCAUCCAACAUAGCAGAUGGUAGAUAGAUAAUUUAUUUUGCUUCAGAAAUGACUAUGUAAAAAAAUGUGGACUCCUUGGAGUAGAAAGUUCAAAAAAAAGAAAAAAAAAAGCAGCUUUCCUGGGCAUGGUUCCAAUUUUCUUUUUGAGGAAAAUUGCUUGCACUUAUCUAAUGGUCUUUACUUUCUUUUAAUAUAUAUAUAAAUUAUAUAUAUAUGGUGAAGUAAAAUUUUAAAUAUUUAGGUCAUCUAUUUAAGGCAUAAAAUAGAAUCCAAGCUUCGUUUCUUCUAGUUGUCUGUGAUUUAUUCAAAUCUUGCAGAUUGUUUUUUGUGAUAUUUAUGCAUUAGCAAAUUGCUGUUCAAAAAGAAAUGCAUGACUAGCAGUUUGUGGAUAUUUCACUCUGUUUAAUUACUGAAUGCAAAUAUUUGUUCAUUUUUACUGUUGAUCGUUUCAGCGUUACUGUAUUAACAAAAGACCUGAAAGAAGUAAUCUUAAUUUUGUAUUUCUCAGUGGAGUCCUACUUUCUGGUGGUUGCUGCAUUAAAUGGCUUUUGAGUGAAAUGAGGUGACGUGACUCGCACUGCUGUCCUCAACUUUGCUACACCUCCUACCUUUUGCUGUCAAUAUGUUAAUAGUCUUGUGCAUUCCAGUGUUAUUUAAUAUCUGCCUAAUGCCAAGAAAUAAUAAUUGAAAUAAAAGACUACUUUUCUUGUCAA